AACGGUUUCCACAGAGCAAAUAGAGACAGAAAAAUGGCGGACCUCAGGAAAAUCUGUCCUGAGUUUUUGCCCUGCCGUGUCAACUAUUCACGAAAACCGUCAAUUCAGGCGAAGCUUUUCAUCCUUCUUUGCAUUCUCAUAGUGGACUCCGGAGGAGCUACGACUCACUGGGUCGUCACAGAGGACGGGAAAAUACAACAACAAGUUGACUCACCAUUAAAUCUGAAGCAUCCGCAUGAUGUUGUGAUUUUCAUGAGACAAGAGACUCGUGUUAACUACCUCAAGAAACUUGAGAAGCAGCUAGUGGCACAGAAAAUUCACAUUGAGGAGAAUGAGGACAGAGACACAGGGCUGGAGCAGAGACAUUACAAAGAGGAUGCAGACUGUGUUAUGGCUAAGGUACCCCUGGGAGACCUUGACCUUUAUGAUGGAACUUAUAUUUCCUUGGAAAGCAAAGAUAUCAGUCCUGAAGACUAUGUGGACUCCCGAUCAGCACUUCCCCCAGAUCUAGAAAAACCUGACUGUGCGAAGGUGUUUGAACUGCCUUACAGUAUCCAUGCUUUCCAGCAUCUCAGGGGUGUGCAGGAGAGGGCCAACCUGACCUCCCCACUGCUUUCUAAGGAGGAUCCCAUUUUUAGUUCAUUGUCUCAUAAACUGGGCCGCAGUGUUGAUGAAGUGGGCCAUCGUAUCCAUCAAGGGUUACUAAGGAACUCAUCGUCCUGGGUGCUCUACAAUAUGGCGUCAUUUUACUGGCGGAUGAAGAAUGAGCCUCAGAGGGCAGUGGACUGUGUGGUGCGCGCUCUGCAUUUCUCCCCAAGGCAGCACAAGGAUGUCGCCCUGGUCAACAUGGCCAACAUCCUGCACCGCGCCCACUUCUCAGCAGAUGCUGCUAUUCUCGCCCACGCUGCCCUGGACCUUACCUCAGAUCUGUUCACCAGCCACUACACUUUAGGCAACAUUUACGCUAUGCUUGGGGAAUACAACCACUCAGUGCUGUGUUAUGAGCAGGCACUGCAGGCCCAGCCAGGCUUCGAGCAGGCCCUGAGGAGGAAACAUGCUGUGCUCUGUCAGCAGAAGCUGGAGCAGCGCCUAGAAGCCCAGCACAGAUCCCUGCAGCGGACUCUGAAUGAGCUAAAGGAGUACCAGAAGCAGCACGACCACUACCUCCGUCAGCAGGAGGCCCUGGACAAACACAAGCUGCUGCAAGAGGAGCAGAUCCUGCGCAACAUUAUCCAUGAGACCCAGAUGGCCAAGGAAGCCCAGCUUGGAAAUCAUCAGAUGUGUCGCCUGGGUCAGCAGCAGCGCAGCCUCUACUGUCCCUUUGACCUUCCUGUGCGCUAUCAUCGUGGGGAUCUGUUUGAGCAUGUUCACUAUGUCCAAUUUGGUGAAGAAGUGUCUGUUGCAUCAAGUGUCGCGCUUGUGUCGGAGCGCAACUCCAACCAAACAGCAGCCAGCCCCCAGCUUCAUCCCUCUGUGUCUGGAGACCAGGACCCUGCUACUGCUCUGUGGGGCAGUCAGCAGGAUCAUACACAGGAUAUACAGAGGAUGUUGUGGCCUCAGAGGACUGACUGUACACAUGAAUACCCAAGUGUUCCCCCUUCCCACCUGCUGCCAACCUUCUACCUUCCACUCGAAACUCAGGGCCUCAGCCCUGUGGCAACUGUCCUCUACGGGAGCAGCAGCCCUCCUCAGACAGUAGCUGAGCCAAACUGUGGUCCCGUACCCCAACCAUAUUCAGCCCUCCUUCCUGCCUCACUAGACUGGCCUCUGGAAGAAAAGGAGCUGCCAGAUCCCUUUGCCUUCCAGAUACUGCAGUCACGCAGUGGAGGGUGGACACUGGAGAAGAUCGGCUCCAGAAUAGCUCAAGCUAUAAAACAAGCUGCUGUACCUCGCUGGCAGAUCCACAACGAGGCAGCCCUAUUCUGGCGGGCCAAAGGCAACGGCAGCCAUGCCCUGCAGUGUCUGCGCCAAGUGUUGGGCUCAGCUCCGCCCUCCCACCGCCAUUUGUCCCUUACCAACGCUGCUAACCUGCUGCUACACCAUGGCUUGACCACCCACGCAGAAACACUACUGGAGCAAGCACUGGCUCUCAAUGCUUCAGAGCCCCACACCCAGCUCAGCAUGGUGAGCGUGCAGUUGGCCCAGGGCAACAUGACAGGUGCCCUGGCCUUGUUCCGCCACAUCCUGGUGACAGCCCUUUCCUCCUCUACUUCCUUUGCAUCCCUGGCUGGCUGUGAACAGUGCCGCAGCAGCCUGCCCCUGCUGCGUUGUCUGCAGUUUUACCCUUCCCUUUACAAUCUUUCACACAGACCACCCUGCUCAGAUGGUGCUGCCUGCAUGACUGAAGAGGAUCUUGGUAUACAGCUGGAGGAAUGGGAGGGCAGCGAGGAGAAGCAGGAUGCACCGACCAUUUCAGCCAUGGAGGACUCAUUGCUCUUUGAGAAGGUUAUCUUGGACAGUAAUGGAUCAGGUGAGGCAGGUGGACAGCAGCAGUCUUCUCCUUCUCCUUCUCCUUCGGGAGCAGCUCAGAUGACCUCGUCAUUUGGAAGUGGAGGAGUGGAAGGAGAAGAGGAGUGGCAGCUGAAGGAGGACCUGAUGGGAGCUUUUGAGGGAGCGCUGGAUGUUGGAGGGAAACGAGGGGACCUUAGAGGUAUCCGAGUGCUAAAGAACGACCGUGUAAUGGGUGCUCGCUCCGGCGGGGGGCCUUGUUUUGGAAACUGUGAGGAUGAUGAGGGAGCUGAAUGGAUUACCUUCCAGGUAAAGCGGGUAAGAAAGGCCAAAGUUGACGGUACAGAGAGUGUUGCCAGCUCUGAUGACAGCCAGAUGGUGGAGUCACUGCCUGGAGGACACUCUGUCUUAGAGAUAAGCGGGCCAACAAUCCCAUCACCUGGCCCUUCAGGUCGCUGGAGGGAUUACACAAGUCUUGGCUGGCCUGGACCAGAGGAGUGCCAGCGGACACGAAGAGUAGACCUCACCACUGUAGCGAGCACCUGGCUGGCUGUGUCUGCCAAGAACAUUGAUAUCACAGAGCACAUAGACUUUGCCACUCCACUCCAGGAGCCAGCUGCUGAACCUUUAUGCAACGCCAACCUCGCUGCCAGUAUGCACACCUUGGACCACCUGUCUGGGGUCGCCAAUCGAGCCGCCAUCCACUACACUGGAGAGAGCCAGCUACGUGAGGUCCUGCAGAACCUUGGCAAAGAUAAGUUUUCCCCUCAGUCCUUUGAGCAAGUAGGAACACGCAUCGCUAAAGUUCUGGAGAAGAAUCAGACAUCCUGGGUUUUGUCCAGCAUGGCUGCUCUGUACUGGAGAGUAAAAGGUCAAGGCAAGAGAGCGAUCGACUGCCUGCGCCAGGCCUUGAACUACGCUCCUCAUCAGAUGAAGGAUGUGCCCCUUAUCAGCCUGGCUAACAUCUUCCAGAACGCUCGCCUGUGGGAGGACGCUCUCACAGUCGCUCGUAUGGCUGUAGAAAUCGCUCCACACUUUGUCGUGAACCACUUUACCCUUGCCAACGUCUAUAUAGCAAUGGAGGAGUUUGAGAAAGCCAUGCGCUGGUACGAGUCCACUUUGAAGCUGCAGCCAGAGUUCGCCCCCGCCAAAGAUCGACUAAGAACCAUUCAGUGUUACCUGCUCACCAAGAGGGAACGCCGCCAGCCCUAAACCAGCUAAUUUAAUCCCAGAAGUACCCCGCGGUCAUGCACACAGCAGAAAAGAACAUUUUCGCAGACACAUGCAAACAAAAUCAUCUGAAGACCACAGAUAACUUACACAGAGUAGCGGUGUGAGAAACCUCAGUGUGGUUCAAGAUAAGAUAUCAAGAUCAGGAGAACCUGGGUUCUUUUUUUAAGAUCCAACUCCCCAAAGAUUAAGCUUUUAAAAGUACAACUGUAGAUAAUUUUACCCAUAAUCCCAUCUGAUAAAUGCUGGACCUCUUGUGAUCUCAGAUCAAGAUGAUAUAAAGGCCCAUGUUUGCUUAACUUGCAAUAAAUGGAGGUGGGUUGAAAUUAAACAACAUCCUCAAUUUAUGGUUAAUUUUUCUUCUGUUUUUCAGUUUUAAUUUGGGAUAAUUGGAAGAAGAGAUCUUUUUAUGUCAUUCUUCAAUAUUUCAUCACUUUUUUUUUUAAAGAUGUUUAAACCUAGGAUGUCCCUAGGGUAAUAAUAUUCUUGAGCCUGACGAUGGCGCUGUGUUUCAAUGUAGCGUAAUUGGACUUUUAAAAUGAAAAGAUUGUAUUCAGUAUCUGUUUAAAUCUUUUGCAGAGAUGGUCAGGGAUCUGCCUCUAAACUCAGAGGUUAAAGGAGUCGAACGACCUAAACCCUCAGUGUUCCUGCUUCAUCAAAUGAAUGAGAAUCCUCAGUUUUUUGCACUUUUAAUUUCUAUAUCAUUCCUAUUUAUAUGGGACCUACAAACUGUCUGAUUUUGCUCCAAGGUAAUUUAAAUACUAAAGAAAGAAACUCAAAUAUGCUAUUGCAUUCGCUUCGUAACUUAAGGAAAUCACAAGGCAGAAAAGGAUUUGCCAUUGACCAUCUAUAAAAAAAACUCUAAAAGUGGAAUCUGUAUUAAAUGUACAGUAUUAAAGGCAGUGUGUGGAUUUCA